AAAUUUUACCUUUUUUUUUUUUUUUUUUAAUUCUUGAUAGCAAUGUGGUCUAGAUCAUCAACCUUUUCAAGAUUCAUUCUUCUGGCCACACAGCCAUUUCUUUCUUCUCUUAAAUCAUGGCAGUUUGGUACUGCAUAGCUGUAAGGUCUCAAAGACAUUGAUUCUCUCUCUCUCUGUCUUUUGGCCACACAUGCCCUUGUUCUAUAGCAAAGCCCUUUCAGAUUAAAUUAUGCACAUGGCUUGUUGCUGUUGCUGUUGCUGUUGUAAUAUACAACCUUUUGGUGUCCUAGCAGCAUCUUCAUUCUUUCUAUUUAAUGGUAGAUUACGUGAGAUAUUGCCAUGCCUUUCCCAUGAUUACAUCUUGAUUUUUAAGCUGGAUUUGAGCUGGGAACCUAGGCAUUAAUCCCGUCAAAAUGAGCUCUAAACUAGAAUCCAGAAGGUACGUGAUAAUUAAUAGUCAAAAUGAGCAAUUAGUGAUUUCCAUUAGCACUAACCAGGGUGUUUUUCUUGCUGUAAUAUGGCAUUUUUCUUGAUGAUGAUUAUAAUCAUACAUCAUGUGAAAAACUGAUCAAUGGUUGGUCACUUGGUGGUCAUAAUUAUUUGUCAGUUCAUAAUUACAAGAGUAGUAGAUAAAUCAUAAACUCCAGCAGCCUACAGGUUAAUUGUGGGGUUAUUAAGGUUAAUGUAAUGUAAUUCAGCACUCAAAAGGUGACGACUUUUUUAAAGGCACCAAGAGGCCUUUCUUGUUUUCGGCUCUCCAGACAUGAAGGCCCAUGCUUUUCCUUUCUUAAAAUAUGCUUCUUGAGACAAGGUAUAGUAAUCAGUAAGUUAGGCAUCCGGAUCUUGAACAUCAAAAAUUGUACUGCUGGCCUUUGAUUAUCAUUUAACUUUGUCUUUACAUUUUCUAUUGGAGUAUAAAGCUAGUUCGGCUCAGCUACAUGACGUAAAGUAUUCAUUGAGAAGUGUAAAUGUCUUGUGUUUCCAGGGCAGCUAAUACCCUCUAGAAUCUCAAGACUUGGAUGAUGCAUGCUUCUAUUUCUCAGGGCCAAAUUCAAAUGCCUUCCAGCUCCUCCAAAUGAUGAGGAAGAGCAGCAUCAACCGAAGAUCAUCAAAAUCCGCAUCACCUUCUCUUGAAUAUCUGCGAGUAAUGGACAAUGACUGACCACAGGACCAGAGACAGUACACAACUAUUGGAUUUCAGUUUCAAGAAGUUAUAAGUGUACAUUUGAUACUUCAGAGUUGUGCUACCCACAAUAGCCCUUCAGGAAGAAAGAAAACAAGAAGACAAUGAGUGAGCUAGGUUCUGAAAGAUCAAAGCCAUGGAACAUGUACACAAGUUCAGACCCUGCACCAUCUCAAACAGGAGUAAUUGACAGGGAAGCUCCAUGGAAAAGUUUUGGGACAUCCAUGAAUGCGAUUUCUUUUGGUUUUGUUGCAACAGCAAUCUUGAUAUCAAUGUUUCUGAUAAUGGCCAUCUUCGAGCAUCUGUUUAGGCCUAAUCCUUCUUUUUCUACACCUCAAGAAGUCACCGAUGGUUCUUCAGAACCAAGACCACUACACAAACUUGGAAACCCUCAAACAGUUCCAGCAGCUUAUGCAUCAGAUUUUGCAGUAGUGAUGCCUGGAGAGCAGCUUCCAACUUAUAUUGCCCAACGAGCACCCUUACCUUGUCCAAGGGAAAAGAUUUAUUGGCCUAACCAUGAGCAAAACCUUGUAUUCCCUUGAAAACAUAGUGUAAUACUUGCAUUUGAUCAUGCGGCGGAAGUUAUGUUGUACUAUCUAUCUAUAUCAAAAUGAUUCAUCACUAUUAUGCACUGCUCAUUUCUUUGGCUUUUG